UCGUGGCCAUGUAGACGUGAUGAAAAAAAGAACUGACGAAUGACUUAUGUCAUUCUACCAAUGUGAGACAAGUUUUCUAGUGACUACAACGAACUUCUACAGAAACUAUGGAUCCCCGCCUCAGUGCCCAGGAUGUGAUCAGAUGUGACCUUUGUGAGACAGCUGUAGUACAGAUGUACUGUGAUUUCUGUCAUGUCAAUCUUUGUAAACCUUGUAUUGGAGAACAUAUUGCUGAUGAUUAUAACAAACAUCAAAUAGUCCCAUUCCAACAAAGAAAAUCAACCUUGAUUUAUCCAAAGUGUGCAACACAUCCAAGCAAAUCAUGUGAUUUACAAUGCAAGGAAUGUAACUUUCCUGUUUGCUCCUUCUGCUCUGUUUCAGAACAACAUAAAGCGCACAAUGUUUUAGUCCUUGCAGAAGUAUACGACUCCAAGAAAAAAGAUAUCGCAAAAGAUACAGAGGAAUUACGAAACAUUAUUUCUCCUACAUACAAAGAAAUCAUAUACGAUCUAGAAACACAGAUGACUAAUUUGAAUGGAGAAUAUGAGAAACUAACAACAGCCGUGACAGAACAUGGAAAACAAUGGCACAGAGAAAUUGACAAUGUCAUCAAUGCCAUGAAGAAAGAAAUUGAUGAUUUUAAAGUAAAACACUUUGGCAUUAUGAAGAAACAUGCAGAAGAAAUGAAACAGAUAAAGACUCUUAUUGAACAAACUCUGCUUAACUUGAAGGAAAUAGAAGAAUCAAAUGAGGUGCCAAUGACCACGGGAUACAGCUCCAGAAACAAAGAAUUCAGCAAACUUCCUCCCAAAGUGAAGGUAUCACUGCCCAUUUUUAAUGCUAAACCAGUAGAUAGAGAACAGCUCUACAAGUUGUUUGGAUCUCUUGCACCAUUAUCUACCACAGCAGAAGUAAAUGGCUACAAGCUAAAGAAACCAGAAACAUUAAACAGAGAGCUGAUGCCAGUGAUGGAAGAACCAGAACUUAUUACUACUAUAGAUACUGGGUAUGAAAAACUUUACAAUGUUACCUGUAUCAGUGAAGAAGAAAUCUGGACAAGUGGAAGAGUCAGUGAUAUGAAAUGCUUUAAUAUUCAAGGCUCACUUCUCAAAACAAUUAGAACAAAAUCAGGGGAAUUGCCAAAUGAUAUAGCAGUGACCGGUGAUGGAGAUCUAGUAUACUCUGAUGGGGUGAAAGGGACUGUUAAUAAGGUUACAAAUGGAAAGACGAAGAAGAUGAUCAGACUACAGGACUGGAGACCUGGUGAACUCUGUGUCACCUCCUCUGGGGACCUCCUGGUUACCAUGUUUAGUGAUGAUGAAACACAAUCCAAGGUUGUCCAUUACUCGGGCUCCAAAGAGAAACAAACAAUCCAGUUUGAUGAAGAGGGUAAACCUCUGUAUUCAGGAAAUGACAAAAGUAAGUACAUCAGUGAGAACAGAAACCUGGAUAUCUGUUUGGCUGACUGGGAAGCUGGUGCUGUUGUAGUUGUCAACCAAGCUGGAAAACUCCGAUUUAGAUACACUGGUCAUCUUUCUACUGUAAAGAAGAAUCCAUUUAAACCCUUAGGCAUCACAACAGACAGUCAGAGUCAGAUCCUGACAGCAGACAGUAAUAACCACUGUAUCCACAUCCUAGAUCAGGACGGACAAUUCCUCCGUUAUAUAGAUAACUGUGAUCUGAAGGAUCCAUGGGGUUUAUGUGUGAAUGAAAAUUAUUUGUUUGUUGCUGAAGAAACUAUGGAUCCCCACCUCAGUGCCCAGGAUGUGAUCAGAUGUGACAUUUGUGAGACAGCUACAGUACAGAUGUACUGUGAUUUCUGUUACGUCAAUCUCUGUAAACCCUGUAUUGGAGAACAUAUUGCUGAUGACUAUAACAAACAUCAAAUUGUCCCAUUCCAACAAAGAAAAUCAACCUUGAUUUAUCCAAAGUGUGCAACACAUCCAACCAAAUUAUGUGAUUUACAAUGCAAGGAAUGUAACUUUCCUGUUUGCUCCUUAUGCUCUGCAUCAGAACAGCAUAAAGGACACAAUUUCUUAGUCCUUGCAGAAAUAUACGACUCAAAGAAAAAUGAUAUUGCAAAAGAUACAGAAGAAUUAAAAAACAUUAUUUAUCCUAAAUACAAAGAAAUCACAAAAGAUCUAGAAACACAGAUGACUAACUUGCAUGGAGAAUAUGAGAAACUUACAACAGCCGUGACAGAACAUGGAAAACAAUGGCACAAAGAAAUUGACAAUGUCAUCAAUGCUAUGAAAAAAGAAAUUGGUUUUAAAGUAAAACACUUUGACAUUAUGAAGAAACAUGCAGAAGAAGUUAAACAUAUAGAGACUCUUAUUGAACAAACUCUUCUCAACCUGAAAGAAAUGGAAGAAUCAAAUGAAGUGUCCAUGACCAUGGAAUACAGCUCCAGAAACAAGGAAUUCAGCAAACUUCCUCCAAAAGUAUCACUGCCCGUUUUUGAUGCUAAACCAGUAGAUAGAGAACAGCUCUACAAGUUGUUUGGAUCUCUUGCACCAUUAUCUACCACAGCAGAAGAAAAUGGCUACAAACUGAAGAAACCGGAGACAUCAACCAGAGAACUGCUAGAAGAACCAGAACUUAUCACUACUAUAGAUACUGGGUAUGAAAAACUCCGUAGUGUUGCCUGUCUCAAUGAAGAAGAAAUCUGGACAUGUGGAAUGGUCAGUGAUAUGAAAUGCUUUAACAUUCAAGGCUCACAUAUCAAGACAAUAACAAAAGAAUCAGGGGGAGUUCCAAAUGAUAUAGCAGUGACAUGUGAUGGAGAUCUAGUUUACACUGAUGGGAGGAAAGGGACUAUUAAUAAGGUUACGAAUGGAACGACAAGGAAGAAGAUCACACUACAGGGUUGGACACCUUCAAAACUCUGUGUCACUUCCUCUGGGGAUCUGCUGGUUACCAUGUACAGUGAAGAUAAAACACAAUUCAAGGUUGUACGUUACUCAGGCCCUACAGAGAAACAAACAAUUCAGUUUGAUGAGGAGGGUAAACCUCUGUAUUCAGGAAAUAGCAAAUUGAAGUACAUCAGUGAGAACAGAAACCUGAAUAUCUGUGUGGCUGACAGUGAAGCUGGUGCUGUUGUAGUUGUUAACCAAGCUGGAAAACACCGAUUUAGAUACAGUGGUCAUCUUUCUUCUAAAAAGAAGAAACCAUUUAAUCCCUGUGGCAUCACAACAGACAGCCAGAGUCAGAUCCUGACAGCAGACCCUAAUAACCACUGUAUCCACAUCCUAGACCAGGACGGACAGUUCCUCCGUUAUAUAGAUAACUGUGGUCUGAAGUAUCCAAUGGGUUUAUGUGUGAAUAAAAAUUAUUUGUUUGUUGCUGAAUGGGAAGGAAAGGUUAAGAAAAUUAAAUGCCUUAAAUAGAGAUACAUGUAUAUGUAUACAUGUAUGCUUGUAAAAAGUUGGUCAUUAUUGGUCUAAUUUUGUAAAUAAUUUGAAAUAUAUUUAAGUUAAAAUGUCAUUGUAAAAAAAAAAGGCAUAUUUUUUCUUUGAGUUGUCAGAAGAUGAGAUGCAUGGGAAGGGACAAUGUAGACUUUAUAAACAUGAUCAAUAUAAACUUGAAGACAUUUUCAGAGCAAUUUGAUUUUUUAUGAAAGAAUGUUUCAUUGUUAUAAUAAGGAUAAAAUAUUAGAUAAACAUUGAAAUAAUUUUUUGAUCUGCUCAUUUUCAUAUAAAUUUA